CGAGAGAUCCCUUUCCCGGGAUCGCCCGCGACUGGUGGCCACAUUGCUGCGCAGCAGCUCCGAUGGUUGCACUGGUCUGCGAGAGAGACUGACAAGCAGUGCUUCGAUCUCUGCGAUUACAUGUUUAACAGUUUCCCCAUUCAAUCGUAUGGAGCGUAGAAUCUGAUUUGCGCAGCUUGUGUUGGGGCUGCUGCUCAUGUUGUGAGUCCCUUCGAAGAGAUCAAUACAGCAGUAAAGUGGAUGUCUCCCGUUUGGGAUUUGCCCUCCUGCUUUGGCCGAUCACGCGGUCCCGGAGUCCGAGGCGCUGGAUCCGCCCAUCUCUACGAAGGUCGUGUGUACCUCCGAAGAUGUCGGCGCGCAAGCCUUGACGAUUUGUGAUCCCUCGCUUGCGCUCACCGCAUAGUGUGCAGUGUAUAAAAUAUCCAUCCUUGUUUGACUCGUUUCGACAAUUCGGUUGUCGAAACUAGUUCGAUUCGUAGUAACGCCACUUUUGGUUUAGAAUUCCUUCCUUUUCAUGCUCGCAGGAACAUCGAUAGUGUGUGGAUUUGGCCUAGAGGUGACUGGUUUCGUCCCUUCGAAGCUGCAGCUUCGCUGAAAAUGAAUCUGGAGAUGCUCCUGCCACAUUCCUGAUCCUCGUUUGCGAUAUCGCAUUGUUUUGCGUUCCGAUCCUCCGGAAGUUUAGGGCAUUACAACCCAGGGUCGUGUUUCACUGUUCAGCAUUCGAGUCGUCUAUUGUAUGGUCUGGUAAUAGCAACAGCUUCUGUGGUUCGAACACCAUUAGAUCCGCGUAGUACUCUAUUUUUGCGGGGCGUUCUUUACAGGCAUGAGCCACGAGACAAGAUGAGCGUGAUCGACAAAAUGUUCUCAGUCGUAGCCGCAGUCCUCGUGGUUUACGGAUAAGGAUAACUUGAUGUGGCUUCUCGCGAAUUGACGGUGAUGAUGUCUUCGUCUUCUGAAGCUCUGGUGGAGGAACUUGCAAAAGCACGAGACGAAGUGCGUCAAGCCAAGUCCGAUUUGGCGGAGAGCGCCAACCGCGUAGCCGUAUUGGAGUUACAAUGUGCACAGCUUCCAACAGUCGAGCAAACUCGAGUGUUUGAAGACCACAUGGAAGUUUUAUCGGAGAAGUCGAUGAGAACCGAUGUUGAUAUGUCGUAUCCCGUAUCUCCGAGCUCUCCAGACCGUGAGAGCCCUAAAACACAGUCAGACGAUGAGUACAUAGUCGUGGAGCAGGAAGCGCCUGAAGAUCUUCAGAACAAAUUGCAGGAGAAAGAGGUGGAAAUAAGAAAUGCAAUCGCUCAUGCCAAGAAGCUGGAGGAGAUGUACAAUACUGCAGAACAGAACACAUGUGAUAGACAGGUGAAAGUGAUUGAAGCAAAUUUGUUUGAAAAGUUUGAUGAUGCUAAUGCGUUACUAGAGAAGGUGAAAGAACUGGAGGAGUUGCUCACGGCUGGACAGAUCCAGAUCUACUCAGUCUUCGUUCAAGAGUGCUUUACAUUCUGUCUCUGCAAAACUUCUGGAUUGUACCUUAAGCAUCAUAGAAACAUUCUGCAGAAACAGAUUGCUGCUCUGGAAGAGAAGUCGAAGAGAAACGAUGAGGCGCAGAAGAAAGUGGAAUACGAGAAGGUUCUCUUCCUUGAAACAGAAGAUCAGCUUGUCAAGAACUUUAAGAAGGCACAUGAUGAAGCUGAGCAAUAUCGAAGCAUGAUCUUUCAGCUUGAAACGAGUGUCAAGGUUGCAGAGGAGAAGGCUGUCAAUCUAGAAAAAUGCAUGGAGGCAGCUUCUCUUAACAACCAAGAACUCGAGUCAGAGAUUUCUGACUUGAAUUCUCAACUGCAACGAGUCAAUAGAGAGCUCUCUUCCUAUGAAAGCAACCUGCGCAAGUCUAAUAGUAAACUUAUAGAGCUUGAAAGGACUCUGAGUAUGUAUCGAGAUAAGGCAGACUCUCUUGAGCAGGAGUUGGAAAUGUACAGAGCCAGGGAAAAGAAGAUAGAGGAUGAUUUGAGAUCCAUCGAAGAGAAGACCGUGGUGCACGAGGCCACCUCAAGCCAUCUUAUUGAUGCCUUGCACAUGUUGCCCGGAGAAUCGAUGGAUGGUCACGCCCCCAGCAUAGAUCGCGAGCUGGACAUGCUACAUGGAAGGAGCGACCGCAGUGACGACGAAAUGAAAUUUGUGGGAGAAAACGUAGUUGCUCAUGUGAAGCAGUCGAAGCUUUUGAUGAAGGAGUUCACAAAGCUACAAACUGCUCAUAUAUUGUAUACUUGUGAGGCUGAGGCGAGCAAGUCACAGUUGCAAGAGCAUGUGAAGGACCUGGAAGCGAAAGCGAGCCAGCUUGAACAGGAGAUAAUGACCUCAAGAGAAAAGGAGGACAUGAUGAAACGAGAAGUAAAGGUCUUGGAAGAGAGGGCUGCCUUUUACGAAGGUUUGAAGCUAUCUUAUGCUGAUUAUACAUGUAAUCUGGAGAAAAAGAACGAUUUUCUAGAACAAGAGUUGAUCGUUAUCCGAGAGGAGAUGGCUGUUCGCACUUCCGAGCAACAGAAGUUGACGCUAGACCGUGACAGGUUGAGGGACGUAGAGAGUCAAAAUGUGCUUCUGGAGGCUCAGAUCAUAGAUCUUCAAACUAAACUUGAGGCUUCAAGUGUCUGUGAGUUGUGUCCCCAUCUGAAGACACAGAUACGAGAUCUGGAGGGUAUGUUGGGUGAGCUUAGUUUGGAAUUGCAAGACUCAAGAAGAAGGGAACAAAACAUUCAGAAGGAGAUAAAAUCACUGGAAGAGGUAAGUGCUGCUCAUGAGCAGUUAGCUUCCAGAUUGAAGGAUGAAGCCUCCUCACUAGUCGUAGAUCACAAUGUUCGAAUGCAAGCAUUGCAAUCUCAGAUUGCAGAGUUGCAAGAACAGAACAUGCAAAUGAAAACGAGCAAUGAGAAGCAGCGUUUGUGGGCUGAGGAAGCUGCGUCUGUGCUCAGAGAACAUGCCGGGUCUCUGCAUGGGUUGAGGGAAGCGUGUUCCGACGUAGAACAACGAGUGCCUUCGGCUACUUCCCCAGGGAAGGAAGGCAUGGAAAUCCUGCAGGAGGAGGUGGAGGGACUGCACCUCGCGUUUAGGGACGCGCAGUUGUGUGAUGGGUCUGAAGUUCUUCAAUUAUGCAAAAAGCUUUUGUCCCUCGAGCGAAAUUCUUUGAAUUUUCAGAUGCUGGAUCUAGUCAACAGAAAUACCAGUUUAAAGAACGCGGUGGAGGAAUUGAAGUCACGAGUUGAAGACUUACAAAAACCCCCAGAAAAACCAGCCUUGGAGUCAAAGAAGUCAUUUCUAGAAGUAUCUCUUGAUGGAGAAUUGCAGUCCCUCCGAGCACAAGUCACAGAGCUGCACUCUUUAAGAGCACGAGUGACACAGCUACAAAGAGCGCAAGCAUCAGAAGUACCUUCUUUACAAGCACGCCUCGAGCAGUUGAUGCUUAGCUUACAGGACGCAGAAACGAGAAAACACGAGCAGAAUUUAGAGCUAAUGAAGGUGCAGAGAAAGCUAGCAGCAGCUGAGAAGGAAGCAUGCACCCAAAGGAAAAAUCUUCUCGACCAGGCGAAGGUCACCGAACUCAGCCACCACAUCAACGAUCUGAAGCAGAAGUUGACGAAAGCAGAAUCAGAGAACGCUUCACUGCGGAAGGAGGUACAACUCCUCUCCCAAUCCAACCCUCGCAAAGUCCACAUCACCGACGAGAUUGUGCCGGUGUGUGAUACACAAGUUCAGAAACCGAAGCAGAAGCCUCGAAGGAGGAGAAGUGGGAAGCUGGCGAUGGCGUCACCGCAGCAGGAAACUGAACAUCUUGCUCCAGAAAGGGCUCAUAGUCCCAGGCACCUGAUUGCUGUCUACCUCUUGUGUGUUGUAUUGGUAGCACUUGCUGUCAGAUUGAGCUUUUUGAGAAGACCACUGUGAACCCCACAUCCCUCUUUUCUCUUCUUUUUUUCCACAUUCUGUAAAAUGGUCUUUCCUUGGCUAGUUGUCAGAAUCAUUCUUUUUUGUCGAUAGUUCAACAGUGUGUAUACUGAAGACUUACUCAGAAUUAUAGUUGAUUCAAACCAGUGCGUUAGGUUAUAUAAACAUAUAUAGUUAUAUUUAUAGGUUAAUACAGGGAGAGAGUAGAAGUUUUUUUUCUGGUCAAAUGAUGGUUUUAAUAACUUCACCAACUCUCCGUUAUGUGCUUUCAAAUUCAAGAAUCAUUUGAAAGUCUUGAAAAGAUUUAUUUGGAAAAAAUAAAUGAUCCAUGAAAGUCUUCAAAUCGA